CACAUUCCUUCUCUUUCCUCUGAGCUCCACCCUGUCAAUUAUUACUUCAGUUUUAUUUUCUCUCUCUAUUUUCCAUCAAACCAAACAGCUCAAUCCAGCGCCACUGCAAUUUUCUCAACUUCUGCUUUUACACAUUAACAAUGCAGACGAGAACAGUUCAAGUAAAGAACGUUUCAGAUCUAGCUACUGAAAGAGAGAUUCACGAGUUUUUCUCUUUUUCUGGUGAUGUUGAAUGUAUUCAGAUCCAACGAGAAUCUGGACAACUGAAGACAGCUUUUGUUACAUUCAAGGACCCUAAAGCACUAGAAAUUGCGUUGUUAUUGUCGGGAGCAACAAUUGUAGACCAGAUUGUAAGCAUAACUGCAGUUGAAAACUACGUGCCCGACCUUGAACCUCAUGUAAUAACAGUGGUGGACAGUGGUGUCUCUGCAAAUCCUGCUGAAUAUAAUGAGGCUAGAAGAAGCCCAUCUAAUAGUGGAAGAAUUUAUGUUAGUAAAGCACAAGAAGUUGUUACGAGUAUGCUGGCAAAAGGUUCGGCAAUAAGGCAAGAUGCAGUGAAUAAGGCUAAAGCAUUUGACGAGAAACAUCAGUUGACAGCCAGUGCAUCAGCCAAGGUUAUAUCCUUUGACCGAAGGGUUGGACUUACAGAGAAGCUGACGGUUGGAAUUUCAGUGGUGAACGAGAGAGUGAAGUCUGUUGAUCAAAAGCUUCAUGUGUCAGAUAAAACAAUGGCAGCUAUAUUUGCAGCAGAGAGAAAAAUAAAUGAUACUGGAUCAGCUGUCAAAACAAGCAGAUAUGUGACUGCUGGAACAGCGUGGUUGAAUGGUACAUUUAAUAAGGUUGCCAGGGCUGGGCAGGUUGCUGGUACAAAGACUAGGGAAAAGUUUAAUCUUGCUGUGUCAAACCUAACUGCCAAGGAUCCACCAAUUGCCGUGUAAAUUGGAUAUUGUGUGCGGUUAAGAGUCUUCAAUAUUGGUGCAUUCAACAACCAUGUUGCUCAAAUCAUCAAAUGGAAAAUGGAGGCAGAGUUCAGAAUUUGUAGGCUUGGUACAGAACAGGCGAAUUCGAGUAAUGUUCGCUUUGUACCUAUUUGUCUUUGGUUUGACGUGUGUGCAUUUAGUUUCGGCAUUCAACAGUUUUGUAUGCUUGCUAUUCUUUGAUUGUAGGGUGCACGGUUUGUUAAUUCCUUGUAGUACUUUCCAGCUUGUCACAAUGGUUUUAAGUCGUAAAGAAAUGGAACGCAUUUCUUCCGUUGCUGCA